AUGGCAGAUUCGCAGUCAGUCGUCCAUUGCAGCACCCAAGCCGGGCGAGCCAACAUUCGAGUUCGCGAUCAGCCCUGGACCUCCUCCUUCUCCACCUAUCAAGACAUCACUCUCGAUAUCUCAAUCACCACACAGCACAUUCAAAAUGGCUUCCUCUCCGAGAAGAUCGUCCAGCUGACCACCGCCGCCGGUGUCGCCGUCGAGCCCAUCUGGGCCACCCUCAUGGCCAAGGCUCUCGAGGGUAAGGACGUCAAGGAGCUUCUCACCAACGUUGGUGGUGGAGGAGCUGCCAUCGCCGCCGCCCCUGCUGCUGGUGGUGCCGCCGCUGCCGGUGGUGCCGCCGAGGAGAAGAAGGAGGAGAAGAAGGAGGAGGAGAAGGAGGAGUCCGACGACGACAUGGGCUUCGGUCUCUUCGACUAA